CGAAUUAGUUGUCAAACACUAGCCAUGAGGUCUGUGUUAGCAGUGUUGAUUCUGGCUUGCACAAUUCAGGCAAACAAUCAUUACCAGAACAGAAAAAGUAAGACACCGUGGUGGAGACACAAACCACCAUGCAUACCAGUUACGAAAAGAAUCAUUGAAACAGACAAAGCUCCUAUAUUCAAUUUACCUUUCAGUCAAGCUGUGUUGGCGGGAAAUACUCUAUACCUGUCAGGACAAUUGGGAAUAGAUCCUGUCACACUUAAACUGGUUCCUGGUGGCAUAAUUCCUGAAACGGAACAGAUAUUUAAGAAUGUUGGUGCUGUAUUAGAGGCAGCUGGGGGUAGUAUGAAGGAUGUUGUCAAAGUAACUGCUUUUUUGACUGAUCUAACAGAGUAUUCGAGCUUUAAUGCAGUCUAUAUGAAAUUUUUCCCAAGGAAAUUUCCUGCUAGAUCAUCUUGCCAAGUAGUAGCAAUAUCACAAGGUGCUCAGUUAGAGAUUGACGUUAUAGCUGUUAUUGAUAAGUGCUGAUUGCGACGACGAGUUGUGACAGCGAGACACAACUAAACUUCAAGAAUGCUAUAAAUACAAGUUUUAAUAAAUGUUGA